CUUCUUCUUCAUAUGCAUUUUCUCUCUUUCUAUCUCUAGAAUAUCAUGAAAAUGAGUUGCAACGGUUGCAGAGUCCUUCGCAAAGGUUGCAGGGGUGAUUGCAAUCUCAGACCUUGCCUUCAAUGGAUCAAAUGCCCUGAAUCUCAAGCCAACGCCACUCUCUUCCUUGCCAAAUUCUACGGCCGCACCGGACUUAUUAAUCUCAUCAAUUCCGGUCCUGCUAAUCUCCGCCCAGCGAUUUUUAGGUCGCUGUUGUAUGAAGCAUGUGGGAGGAUCAUCAAUCCCAUUUACGGAUCUGUGGGAUUGAUGUGGUCGGGAAAUUGGCAGGAGUGCCAGGCGGCGGUGGAGGCGGUGCUCAAAGGCGCUCCGUUAGUGCAAGUUUCUGAUACUAAUGAUCAGUCCAGCGCAAUCCAGGCUCCCCCCAUCACGCUUCUACAGGGCUGUGACAUUCGCCACCUCUCAAAGAACACCGCUACCCCUGAACCCAUCCACCACCUCAAGACCCGUAAACGCUCCGCAGUGGAAAUCAACAAUCCCCUACACUCAGUGGUGGCCGCCGCCGAGUUGAUGAACGAGACGGAAGAGAAAUUUACUAUCACAGGAUGGGAUUGCGGCGAAGAUUACAAAGCUUUUGUGGAUCAGUUGAAGAGACCCCCUAGUCACGAGUACGACUCCUACUCUGUUGAAACAGUAGAACCCUUGUUGCUGAACCCGGGUACGGGCUUUAAACCGGAGCCCCAUCAUACUGAAAACGAUGAUAUUGGAUUGGAAUUGACUCUGGGAUUCAAUCCGAUGCUGAGCAAUCAUCUGUCCACAGCGAUAGAGCUCUCUGAUGACCGAUAGUGAAGUCUGAUAAGAAAGCUUCAAACAAGUCUUUACUCUUCAGGGCAUAAUGUCCUUUUCCAUUUUUCUUUUCUUAAUGGUAGAGUUUAUUUUCAGUACUUCCAUUUCUGUAUUUCUUUUUCUUUUAUAGAAUAAAUAGAGAAG